AUGCACGCGCUCGCCCUCUCGCACGACGGCACGAGGCUCGCCGCCGUCGGCAAGGACCACCGCGCGCGGCAGAUGCUCGCGCUGUGGGACAUCUCCGCCGCAGACGCGCCCGUGCCCGCCGUCGAGUUGGUCGACGCCAAGGUGACGCUGCACCACGUGCGCCGGCUCGCCUUCGUCCCGCCGGCCGGCGGGUCGGCCGAGGAGCCGCAGCUCGCCUCGUGCGGCUUCGAGUCGGUCCGGUUCUGGCGCGUCAAGCGCGGCAAGCUGCACUGCUGCGGCCUGCCGCUGCAGCACCACGAGGGUGAGAUGCUCCUCGACCUCGCCUUCGACCCGCCCCCCGCCUCCCCCGACGAGGAGGCCGCCGCACCCGAUCGGCCUCCCGUGCGGAUGCUCGUCUCCUCGUCCGGAGGCAAGCUCUUCCAGGUCGACCCGCUCGCGCGCCGACUCGAGUACGUCUUUGCGCUGCACGACGGGCCCAUCGACGCGCUGGCGCUCGGGCGCGGCUUCGCCGUCACCGGCGGCGCCGACGGCAAGCUGUGCGCGUGGCGGCUCGACUUCGGCGCCUGCUGGCUCGAGAGGGAGCUUGAGGGCCCCGUCGUCGCGCUGAGCCCCUCGCCAGACGGGCUCAAGCUGCUCGCCGGCACGCGGCGCGGUGCAGUCGGUCUGCUCGACUUCGCGAGCGGUCAGCUCGCGCCGCUGCUGCGCGCGCACACGGACUUCAUCUGCGCCGUCGCGUCCGACCCGCACAACCGCGAGCUGGCCACCGCGUCGUGCGACGGGACGGUGCGCGUCUGGGAGCUCGACGGCGCGGCGCCGCAGCUGGUCGAGUUCGAGGUGCCGGGCGGCUGCGCGCGCAGCGUCGCGUACCACCCCGCCGACUAUUCGCUCGCGUGCGGCUUCGACGAUGGCACGGUCCGCGUCUUCGACAUCGGCUCCACCUCCCUCCUGGCGGAGCACCGGCAGCACCGCGGCCGCGUCCUCGCCCUCGCGCACGCACGCGGCGCCCGCCGCCUCUUCUCCGCCGCCUCGGACGGAUCCCUCGUCGCGUACGACUCGGCGCACCAGCCCCCGCCCUGCCCGCUCGCACGCGUGGUGGAAGCGGCGGUGGCACGGCUCGCAGAGAGAAUGGCGCGGCUCGAGGCGAGUGACCGACUCCCGUCGCAUCAGACCGCGCAGGAGGGCGCGGCGACGGCCAGCCAAACGCGUAUUGAGGCGGCGGCGAGCUUCCCCGCCGAGGCGGCUGCCUCGUGCUCGUCCCAGAGGUGA